CAUGCGCAUCGGUGCUACUGCGCAUGCCCAGCUCAUUGCUAAGGAAGAACGGGGGAAAUGGCUCUGACAACCUUUUUACCGGCGCCGACCCAGCUGUCUCAGGACCAGCUGGAGGCAGAGGAGAAGCUCCGGGCCCAGAAGUCCUACUCCACCGCCCUGGUGUCGUCCCGCAGGGAGCCCGCUCCCUAUGAACACAGAAAAGGCUGGGUGCCUCGCUCACUUGACGACUUCGGAGAUGGAGGAGCUUUCCCGGAGAUCCACGUUGCCCAGUUUCCUCUGGAGAUGGGUAGGAAGAAGAAGACAUCCAAUGCCCUGGCUGUACAGGUGGAUGCAGAAGGAAAGAUCAAAUAUGACGCCCUCGCCAGACAAGGACAGGGCAAGGAUAAGGUGAUCUUCAGUAAGUACACUGACCUUCUACCAAAGGAAGUUCUUAAUGAUGACACUCCAGAACUCCAGAAGCCUGAUGAGGAGGCUAUAAAAGAGCUGACUGAGAAGACCCGCAGUGCCCUGGACAAGCAGGUGUCUCAAAAGAUUGCUGCUGCCAUGCCUGUAAGAGCUGCAGACAAACAAGCUCCUGCCCAGUACAUCAGAUACACCCCGUCCCAGCAAGGAGUGGCUUUUAACUCUGGGGCCAAACAGAGGGUGAUCCGCAUGGUGGAAAUGCAGAAAGAUCCGAUGGAACCUCCACGUUUCAAGAUCAACAAGAAGAUUCCUCGUGGACCCCCUUCUCCCCCCGCCCCUGUCAUGCAUUCCCCAAGCAGAAAGAUGACCGUCAAGGAGCAGCAGGAAUGGAAGAUUCCUCCAUGCAUCUCCAACUGGAAAAACGCCAAGGGCUACACCAUUCCUCUCGACAAACGUCUGGCUGCUGAUGGUAGGGGGCUGCAAACCGUUCACAUCAAUGAAAACUUUGCCAAGCUGGCCGAGGCGCUCUACAUCGCCGAUAGAAAGGCCAGAGAGGCAGUAGAGAUGAGAGCACAGGUAGAGAAGAAGAUGGCCCAGAAGGAGAAAGAAAAGAAGGAGGAGAAACUGAGGGAACUGGCCCAAAUGGCCAGAGACCGCAGGGCGGGGAUCAAAAGUCAUGGGGACAAAGGUGCAGGUGGCGAGGACAGCGAGGUCAGGGAGCGUGACGAGAUCCGCCAUGACAGAAGGAAAGAGAGACAGCACGACAGGAACAUUUCCAGGGCUGCUCCUGAUAAGAGGUCGAAGCUGCAGAGAGACCAGGACAGGGACAUUAGCGAGCUCAUCGCUCUGGGCGUUCCCAACCCUCGUUCUGCCAGUGAGGCCCAGUACGACCAGCGGCUCUUCAAUCAGAGCAAGGGAAUGGAUAGUGGUUUUGCCGGUGGUGAGGAUGAGACCUACAACGUGUACGACCAGCCGUUCCGCGGCAGCAGAGACAUGGCCUCUAACAUCUACCGGCCCAGCAAGAAUAUAGACAAGGACGCCUACACAGAUGACUUUGACACACUCAUGCACAACAACAGGUUUGUUCCAGACAAAGAGUUCUCAGGUGCUGACCACGGGCAGAGGCGGGAUGGGCCAGUCCAGUUUGAGGAGGAUCCCUUCGGUCUGGACAAGUUCUUGGAGGAGGCCAAGCAGCAUGGCGGCUCCAAGAGACCGUCCACCAGCAGCCGCUCAAAGGACGACUACCACGACAAGAAACGCAGGAAGGAGUGAGAGUCCAUGGAUGGCAGCUGCUAGCAUAUUGGUCUGCUCCCUCUCAAGGGCUGUGAGUCUCUAUCAGGAAUGAUUUCAGUGUGUGAGAAGGAAAGGAUUUAUGCUUAAUAUGACCUGAUUAAAUGCAUUACAUAUAGCUGAAGUGAUAGCUGUUGUGUGUGUGCGUGUAAGAUCAUCCUCUGCUUCUGAAAACAUCUGUGUCCAGCAAAGUCAUUUCAGAUGUGCCCUGGAAAUGUGUAGAUUUGAGUUAAAACAAUUUUUUAAAACGAUAAUGCAGAGUAAACCCAACAGAAACUCAAUAGGACCUCUUCAUAUUCACGUUUUUUUUCCUCAUUUAUCCCCACAUUCCCCAUUGAGUUUCUGUCUCCUGUUUUAUUUAAACCUCCGGUGUAUUGGUGAGCCCAGUUAAAGCUCCUAUUGGAGGCUAGAUAUGUACAGCAGUAUAAAGUUCUCUGUAAGAUCUGAUGCAAACCGGCUUAAUCAUUCUUGUACAUUACUACCAAUGGAAUAAAUUUGGAAUAAAAUGUUUAUUAUUGAGUAAA